AACGUUAAAGACAGAAUUAUAAUAAAUGCUCUUUCCAUUCUUAGCCCUGAAAUAAAUAUAAAUAUAUACAUAAAAAAAACUAAAUCUUAAAAAAUUUCCUCAUUUCGAAGCUCCAGAAUGGGACUUCGAAUUUGCUAUUAAAACCCACAAUUCUACUGUUAGAGAGAGCAAAGGAGGAGAGAGAAAGAAGAGCAAUGGCGGAUCAGUUGCAGAGGUCGGAAAUUUCCUUCAGAAGGCAAGGAUCUUCGGGAUUGCAAUGGGACGAUAAGCUCGUAGCAGAGGCAUUACAGCACGACCGAACCAAACAAGAAAAUCAUCAUACUACUGCUACUGCUACUGUUACGGCUGAAGACGACGGAGAGACACGUGGCGGUCUUGAACGGAGCCGAUCCACCAGCGAUCGUCCCUAUCGGACGGUCAAGGCUCCUUCUCCUUCCACCGACCCACCGUCUCCUAGAUUCUCCGGCUGCUGCGGCGUGUUUGGCAAACCGAUUUCUGCUCGUAAUCCCAAAUCGAACCGGCGGAGGACAAAAUAG